GUAAAGCGUCCCCAUCGCAGACAGUGAAGUGUCAACAUUGAAGAUUUGACUCUCUGCAAACAUGAUUCCGUUAAAGACAAUAAUUUUUGUGUUUGUAAUCGGGAUAUCUGUUGCAUCAGGUUUAAAGUGUAAAUGUACGGAAUGUAGUCAAGCUGAUGAACCCAAUCACAACGUGACGUGUGAAACAGAUGGCGUCUGUUUAGUUUCAUCAACAUUAAGUGAAGCAGGAGAGUUCAGGAUUAGACGAUUAUGUAAGGAUAAAUCUGAAUAUUUUCCCAACCAUCGUCCGAUGUUCUGCGAGAUUAUAGAGAGUAAGAAAACGACGUUUAACGUUAUUUGUUGUAGUGAUAGAGAUUAUUGUAAUGCAGACCUGACCCCGGGACUUGCUCCUGUAGAAAAAACACCUGAAGAGAUCGAGGAAGAAAAGAAGAAAGAGAGGGAUAGUUUGAGUGCCGUGGAGUUAAUGGCUGUGAUAGCUGUGCCGAUUGGGCUCGUGUGUAUUCUUACGCUUAUUGGUUUCUUCAUGUGCCAGCACUAUAGGAAUUCUCAACGAUCGUUUCAUCGUAGUGAGGAACACAGCAUUGAGACAAAUCUGCUGGUUCCUGGAGAACCGGCGUCAUUAAAAGAGCUGUAUGAUAGCAUGUCACAUUCUGGCAGUGGAUCAGGUUUGCCGAUCUUAGUACAGAGAACUAUCGCUAGACAGAUUCGACUGUGUGAGAUAAUCGGCAAAGGAAGAUACGGGGAAGUGUGGAGGGGCCAGUGGAGAGGUGAAAAUGUUGCUGUGAAGAUUUUCUCAUCUCGCGAAGAAAGGUCGUGGUUCCGGGAAGCAGAGAUUUACCAAACAGUUAUGUUACGUCAUGAAAAUAUUCUUGGUUUCAUCGCUGCUGAUAACAAAGAUAAUGGCACAUGGACACAGUUAUGGUUGAUAACAGACUACCAUGAGAAUGGAUCAUUGUUUGAUUAUUUGAACCGUCAGAAUGUAUCAACAGCUAGUAUGUUAAAGAUGGCCCUAACAGCAUCUAGUGGUCUCGCUCAUUUACAUAUGGAGAUUGUUGGUGGCAAUAGAGGUAAACCGGCUAUAGCUCACCGUGAUUUAAAGAGUAAGAAUAUUCUAGUAACUGUAAAUGGAACGUGUUGUAUUGCGGAUUUAGGAUUGGCUGUUCGACAUGACUCCAAGACAGAUUCUGUAGAUAUCGCCCCUAACAACCGUGUUGGUACCAAGAGAUAUAUGGCACCAGAAGUCUUGGAUGAGACGAUUAAUAUGAACCAUUUCGAGUCUUUCAAGAGAGCCGAUGUGUAUUCAUUUGGAUUAGUUCUAUGGGAAAUAGCAAGACGCUGUAACGUCGGAGGUAUAGCAGAGGAAUAUCAGUUACCAUAUUACGAUAUGGUGCCGUCUGAUCCAGCAUUAGAAGACAUGCGUAAAGUGGUCUGUACAGAUCGACAUCGACCAGCGAUACCAAAUAGAUGGCAGACAGAGCCAUUACGGGUGUUGGCGAGGAUAAUGAAGGAAUGUUGGUAUCAGAAUGCUGCUGCCCGUCUGACUGCACUUCGUAUACGUAAAACGCUAGCCAAUCUUUAUUCACAGGAAGACACAAAGAUAUGAGAUGGCGUAGUAAUAUGCUAAUCAAAUUUUUAGAGCAAGAUAUCCAUUACCGAGGAAAAUAGUUUCUCGGAUGACACACUCAGGAGACAUUACUACAAAACUCUGGACAUAGUUUAAAAUCGUUGAUAAGUAAACAGUGAUAUUUUAAAAUGCCGAUAGUCAACACAUUUUAAUCUGGCGACCAUGUUUUUGUGUAUUUUCUUUUAAGAACUAAUUGUUAUUGUCGCUGCGUUUUAUAUAUGGCGGACAAUUGAACAUACAAAUAAGUAUGUCAUUUAUUUAUUUGUGCUUAGUUGUCAUGACAACUAAAGAUUCUCUGUGUGUGUGUGUAACUAUAUAUAUAUAUAUUUAUAUAUAUAUAUAUAUUCCAAUAUGGCUGACAUAUUUUCUGCUGUAUCUGUUGAGCUGUGAUGAUACUAGUGGAUGACAAGCGGAGAGACACAAUAUUUGUGGAACAAUUUUUUUCCUGUUUGUUCAAAUUGAACAUCGUUGAGCCGGUGGUAACAAUAUAUCAAAAAAAAAAAGAAAUAAUUCAGUUGAUAAUUAACCUAUAGAAUUGACAGGUGUGUGAAGUAGGAUAACUCUGUCUUGGCAUAGCACCUGUCUGUAUCAUAUAAAUACUCUUAAAUUGAUACUUAUAUAUAGUUAUAUACAAAAAAAUCAUAAUAUUUGAUAACAAUAAUAAGAAUAUGCUCGUCUUUAUUAUGCCCAGUCAGUGUAGAAAAGUAGGACGUUAAAUCCCAUUUGAUUUCGCUCGUCUUUUAAUCAAACCACGAGUAGCUAUGAGAUAAUACAGACAGUUGUUAUGCCAAAUUUCUGGUUUUUAUCUUAUUUCAUGCAGAAUAUAAGCGUCCAAAGUAAAGUCAUGAAUCACAAAAUUUCCCAGAAUUUGGGCUGUGUUAUCAACUACUAAUUCACCCUACAGUAAUGUAGACUCCACCAACCAUACUGUAUGUAAGUCCCUGGGAAUAGUCCAUUGCAUGAUAUAAAGGGGAAGAUCAAUUAUUGAAUACAUAUGUACAUAGAUUUGUAAAUUUUUAGUGGUGAAUCACCAGUGAUGGGAUUUCGCCCGUAUAUUUCGGACAUGUCCGACGCUAUUUUCCAAAUAUUGGCUCACUUUCAUUCUGUGGUAUUACCAUGUCACGUAAUUUUGUAGGAAUAUUCUUGACAUAAAUUUGAAUACCGUACAGGAAUUAAACAUGAAAUAUAACGAGGUUCACCUAUUUUUUAUUACAUAUGAAUUUGAAUAUUUUGUUGACACGUGAUUCUUAAAUGUGGUUUGAAAAUGUCCCUUUAAUUUUUGGGAAAAAAUGUCCGACAAGAAAAGUUUUUAAAUCCCAUCACUGUGAAUCACUCCCACGAUUGAAACAUUUUAUAAAAUGUGUUCACAUAAAUCAGUCGUUGCAAAUAAUGAGAGAGUGAGAAUAAACUUACUCUUUCUGACAAUCAUCUGCUUCUUUUGAAAGCAUUUUUCUGAGAUAUUGAAAAGCAAGACAAUCAAAAUCUCCAUCAUUUAAGGAAAAUCAAACAAUUACAAAAACUAGUCCAUGGUCCAUCAUACCCAUAAUGCAUCUGGAAAAUAUAGCCUCAUUGGCUGAGGGAGUAAGACAUUAGCUCACUAACCUGGAGGUCCCGGUUACGAUCCCUGUGUUGAACAAGAAUGCUGAUAAGGAUUUUUUAACGUAGGUUCCUCAUGUCAGUGGUACAGGAUAUGGAAGACCUGUUGUUGAACAAUUUAAGGACUGUUAGUUCUUUUGUGGAUUUAGGCUGUCUAGGGAGCAUACUUUGAGAAAACUAUUUUGUAAUGUGGUUCUACUCCGUUUCACAUCUGUCAUACACACGACUAAAUAAACAUUUACAAUUUUUUAAAUGGAAGCAGAAUAGAUACUUCUCAAUCUUCUUGAAGUAUGCUUAAUGUCUUCGACUAAAAUCGCUGAUUUUAGACUCAAAAUAUCUGACAAAUAACUUGGUGACAGAUUUCAAGCUUAGCUAACUGUAGACAGACAGCCUAAGUUUAGUAAGUACAGGGAGAACCAAAAAAGUGCUGCAACACUAGAAUGUAUAAAUGGGGUUUAACAUGCAUCUGUUAUACUCCGACAAUACAUAAUUCAUUUUUUUGUCAUAUACGAAAAGCUAAUGUAUAGAAUGUUUAAAUGCGGUUUAACGUCCAUCUGUUACGCUCCCACAAUACUUAACUCACUUUUUUUAUACCCCCUCAUUGAAAUGUGGUCGUAUAUUGUCGUCACCCCCGUCGGUCCGGCGUCCGCAAUUGCUUGUGGGCGCUCUAGAGGCUAAAGUUAAUAUUCGAUUGACUUUAAAUUUAUACACGUCAAAAAAUCUUGUAAAUACUCUAGAGGCUAAAGUUAAUAUCCGAUUGACUUUAGAUUUAUACACAGUGUUUGAGGUCAUGAGACGAAGAAUCCUGUUGAUUUUCAACGAUUUCCGAUAAUUACUGCCAAAGUUAUGGCCCUUGAUCACUUUGAAAAAUCUUGUGACGCUCUAGAGGCUAAAGUUACAUGUAUCAUCUGGUUGACUUCAGAUUGAUGCACAGUAUUUAAGAUCUUGAGACGAACAAGUAUUUUGAUUUUCAAUGAAUUUUUAUGACUUGAACAGAUAAAUUCAUGGUUUUAAAUGUUUCGUAUACUAAACGUUAGCAUGGGGCAGAAUUUUAUAAAAACCAAACAAAUUCUAAUGGUUUUCUGAUAAUUACUUAAUGAGGUGUUACUCUUAAUCAGAUUUUAAUGUAUUAUAAAUGUUUCAUUACCGAAAAAGUAAAAAUAUAUGACAACUCUUGUUGACUGCCAGGACGAUAUAGCUGCUGUGGGCGUAUGUUUCGUUGCCUGGCAACAUAUCUUUGUCAUAUACGAAAAGCUAAGGACACUUUCCUUGCCAGUCCCUGAGCUCACAGGUACUACUACCUCUAACAUGAUAAAUGAAAUAAGGGGUUUUCUCCACCCGGUUAGUCAUUAUGUGCUAGAUGCUAAAUGGUUUUAACACCACAACUCAGAGUUUCUCUAUUUAAUGUUUAGUGUCAAAACAUUGUUGGUGAAUUAUUCAAAUUGUGUAGUUGUCAGCAGUUUUUGUAUUUAAUGUUUAGUUUCAAACCAUGGUUGGCAAGGAAUUUGAACAUUAAAUACAGAAUCUCCUACUAAAACAUAUAUGUACUGGUAGCCAUAAUUAACGGCAAAAAAACAACACUUGUUACCUCUAUUCACCAUCUCUCUGGAUUGCAGUUACCCCUCACCAUUUUGAUUUUCUAUUCUUCGGGAACACCUGUUUAAAAUGGUCUUACACUAAUUUAGAAACUUAAAGUACUUCUUUGCACAUUUAGUUUCAAGUUUUGGAAUUGGAAUCAAAGUAUCUUUCACUUGAUUCAAGUGGCUAUUAUAUACCGGAAGAACAGAAAAUCUGAUUGGUCUGGCCUUUUGCCUGAUAUUAAUUAUUAUGAGUAUAUUAUUAAUAUGAAAUAAAUUAUCAAACUCUGGACUGUUAUCAGCUGAGGUGUUUCAUUAUGUGAAGGUGAGACCAUGGUUGUGCUUCUUCAACUUGAAACACAGUGUACAAGUUGGUUAUACUAGCUGUAUAAAUUGGUGACUAAGGUAACGAUUUAGUUACUAUGGCAUUUUUGUUUGUUACUAUUGUAAACAAGAUGGUUACUGUGGUACUCCAUAUGCUUACUAUGGUAAACCAGAUUGUUUCUAUGGUAUUUAACUUUGUUACUAUGGUAAACCAGAUUGUUGCCAUGGUAUUUAACUUGAUUACUAUGGUAAACCAGAUGGUUACUAUCUAUGGUAAACACCUUGGUUACAAUAGUAAGAUUGUAACUAUGGUAAACAGGAUGGUUCUGAUGGUAAACACGAUGGUUAUUAUGGUAAACAAGAUGGUUACUAUGGUAAACAAGAUGGUUAUUAUGAUGUAUUGUUAUAUUGUAUAUAUUUGUUAUAUUGUUGUAUAUAUUACUGUAGAUUAUGUGUUUUAUUAUGUAUGUAUAUUGUUCAUAUUCAAUCAGGGUCACUCAUUUUCGCUUUCGGGUUUAAGAAUUUGCUGAUUUUGAGAACAAUGGAUCCCCGUGAAUCGAAUCAUGAUUUAUUAUAUAGUGAAUUUGGAUGUUAUUCUGAAAUAGCUAAAGAUUAUUUACUUCAUAUGGGUUGUCAUUUGAUUUUAUUUCUGCCAAUUAACAAUUUCAGUAAUCAUGGAAUUCAAUGCUAGGCCUUGAUUAUAAACAAAAUAGAGAGCCUACCUCCAUAUAUAUAUAUAAAUGAUCACACAUAGAAUCCUAAACAUAGGGCACCUGUCACAGACAUUGUCAAGUUUUCACGCAGGGUAUAUAUUAUAUAACAUAUACAUUGUGUAAUAAUUGGUGCCUGACAAACUCUGUGACAGGUGCCCUAUGUUCAGGCUUGUAUAUAUCUCUAGAUAUAUGUAACAGGAGUAUAUCUUUUGAAAUCGAGUGGAGUAAAAGAGAUGUAUAUUUAUUGGGUGUUGAUUUGAUGGGGUUUUUCUUUGGGAAGCCAUCCCUCACCCAUCUCCCCCCUUGCCUACUUCAUCAACUGUUGAUAUCAAGUGGAGUAACAUUGAUGUAUAUUUAUUGAAUUGGGUGUGGAUUUUCUUCAGGAAGUCUUUCCUCGCUCAUGAUGCGAUCAACGGGCGUCUGUAACAUGGAAAAUCUCUUUCAAAUAUUGAACUGGAAAUAAAUGAGCAAGAUUACAAAAUAACUGGUCUGAAUCCGAUUCAAGGGCAAAUAACUCGUCUUGAAACGAUUUCCACGUUACAGGUGCUUGUUAUCCCUUCAUCAACAUAUUAAGUGUAAAUGUGAUAUAUAAAUGUAAAUAAUUGAAACAAUA